ACCCAAAACAAAACAUGGCCCGUGCAUUCGUCACACUACUAAUCUGCGUAAUAACGUCUGCACAAUGGAUCGUGGCCGAGAAUCUCCUCAUGAACCACCACAUCAUGCAGGGAUUCAUUUUUCCAACCAGCGUGACGGUGGCCGUCGGUGAAAGUGUACACCUAAAGAUCGUGAUAACCAUGGACGAAGGCGACCGCUGUCUGUACCGUGAGCCCGGGUCCGACGAGGACGUCGACGUUCAUGCUCCGGUCACCUUCCGACGGCAGCAACGUAUUAUUCCGGUGAAUGCUAGCGACGAGACACGCGAUUUGAAUGUGGAAGCUACCGAGUGUGGGAUCAAAGUGCUCAACGUCAAUCACGAAGAUGCCGGGUUCUGGCGAUUGACGAUGAUGCGCGGAGCUCAGCUUAUACGGGGUAUCUCGAUGGUCAAUGUCAUAGACGUUCCGACGGUGCCGGAUACCAGCGAUAGGGAUUCGAUUGUCGGUUUGGAGGAGAUAACACCCGCCGGGACUGACUAUUGCUACGUACUACGGGACAGCGACACUCAGACCAAGGACGUCCCGAUGUACGAACAAUGUUCGCUGGAAGUGUCCGAGAUGGAUCCCACCGGAACCGGCCAUUGGAAUGUGAUCGCCGGCGUUCAGGGAUACAUGCGGGAGAUGCAUUUCGCCAUCAACAUCGAACAUAAAGACGAACAAAUAGAAACCUCGAUUCACCGGGGUGCGACAUUCCACGUGCUGAUGUGCAAUCUCCGCUACAGCCGUAUGAUGAUCCGAUUCUGCCGGUUCGUACGGGUGGCCGACAACCAGGGCCUCAACAUGCUGCAGGGUGUCGGAUGGGACCGGUACCGGUACUACGGCAAUGGGUUCGACACCGGCGAUUGCGGACUGGAGAUUGAAGACCCGGAUACAAUCGACAAGGGACUGUGGAAAUGCUUGGUCGGCUAUGGCAACGACGAGAUGAUGAAGGUCUCCGGAGCGAUCAUGGAUACCGGUGAUUGGGAAGCAGACUUGGCUAUAAUCUCGGCGGAAGAUGUGAACGUGUUGAACGGCACGGAGAUGACGCUUCAGUGCAAUGCGAACAAACCGCUGGAUUACUGUUGGUUCAGGGAUCAACACGGGGAGAUUUAUUCGGUUUCCGAAGGUUUGCCGCCCGCCGAGGAUGCGCAUUUCUGGUACAGUGGAAUAUCGUUGUCUUUGGGGGACUGCGGAAUUAGGUUGAAACCAGUCACGGAGGAAAUGGCAGGGCAGUGGAGCUGCCAUGUUGGAAGCAGUAAGUACACGCCAUUGGAGGUAUCCACACGUAUUAACGUUAGAGUUGGUCUAUCUCAAAUCUUUCCUAUGGCGGAAACGGUUGUAGCCACAUUGGAAGGCGCCCUUGUGGUGGAGUGUUCUUCCAUUCCUAAGAAUACACCCUUCCAGUAUUGUCGGUUUGUGGCACCGAGCGGACAAGCAUUCAGCUUGGACGAGAGUAUAACAGUAGAUCAAGCGAUUCUGGACAAUUACUAUUCGAAUCCAUCGCACGAACCGAAGAAGGGAUUCUGCUCACUGGUUAUUAAGAAUGUUACCACAGCCGACCUGGGGGAAUGGAUCUGUGCGGGCAAGAUAACAGGGCACUCGAUGGAACAUUAUACAAAGUUCGAAAUUACAGUGUUAGAAUCCAGGAUGGCCGCAGCUGAGCUGACUGUAGCGUCAAUCGUUGGGAUGGCAAUCGGUGGUGCCAUUAUGCUCCUGGGAGCUGCCGGGCUUGGCUACUACAACUUCAGACGGCGAUUGAAACGGCAAACGGCAGCAGUGAACCAUGAAAUCGAGCUGGAGGCGAGGAGCAUCGACAGACAAGCCGUCGAACGGUUUAGUAUUGCCAGCAGAUCGAGCGACGGUAGCCAUGGAAGCCAAAGAAGUGAUAAUCAACUACGCAACGAACCAAGCACUUGAAACCUUGCCUAAGUAGGUACUUGUCAAUCGAAUAAAA